AUGAUUCAAGACGAUCAGGAAGAGGCUCGCAUUCUCUCUGUAGGUGAUAUCAAGACUCCUCUGGUACCGAUACAUGUGAAAAUGUGUAGAGCAACUCUCUUCAACCACAAUCAUGAAGCUUGUGACAUAUGUUUGAUGGAUCCUCGUGGAUGUGUACAAGUCCAGAAUGAUGUGCAGGGUCUCCUAAAUAGAAGGGAACUUGUGGUUACAAGGGAACCCGAGAGCAAGGACGUCUGUGUUGUCACUCCGGUAUUCAGAGCCAGGAGGCCGCUGGUGAUAAACCCUAACAGUACAAAGCCCGUUGGUACUCCCUUGGUAAUCUAUGUGCCUAGGCCCACGCCUACUACUGCUCAGAAAGCUGUACCCUACAAGUAUGAAGGCACGAUUCUAGAGCCCGGAAGUGAGACAACUUCACCUGUUGCUGUGGAUAAUAUCGCAGAGAAUAGCCGGAUUUUGAGGAGUGGCUGCAUCCUUCCUACGGUGGGUCCGAAGAGUGUUAGUGUUCCGUUCGAUGAGCCAGUAAAAGAACGAAACGCCGGUAAAGGUAAAGCUGGGGAGCAGGCCAAAGAGUUUGACUUUGAGGAUGCCGAUGAAGUCUUGAAGCUGAUCAAGAAGAGUGAAUACAUGGUGGUGGACCAGCUGUUACAAACUCCUGCGAAGAUUUCCAUCAUGGCCCUGUUGUCAAGUUCUGGUGCUCAUCGGGAUGCCCUGAGGAAAGUACUAGACCAGGCAUUUGUGGAUUAUGAUGUAACUCUGGGUCAAUUCGAAAGCAUUGUGGGGAAUGUGACCGCGUGUAACAGUCUGGCUUUCAGUGAUGAAGAUCUCCCGGCGGAGGGGAAUAAGCAUAAUCAAGCAUUACUCAUCUCUGUACUUUGCAGAACGGACUCGUUAUCCAACGUCCUGAUAGAUACCGGCUCUGCACUUAAUGUGAUGCCCAAGUCAACUCUCGACCAAUUGGCGUACUCCGAGGCUCCUUUGAGACUUAGCAAGGUGACGGUGAGGGCCUUCGAUGGAACUAGGAGAUCGGUAUAUGGUGAGGUAGAUUUGCCAAUUUCGGUCGGCCCACAUGAAUUUCAGGUUACUUUCCAAGUCAUGGAAAUCCAGGCUUCUUUCAGCUGUUUGCUCGGCAGACCCUGGAUUCAUGACGCUGGGGCUGUGACAUCUACUCUCCAUCAGAAAUUGAAGUUUGUAAGUCGUGGAAAGUUGAUCACUGUGAGUGGCGAAUCGGCCUUUUUAAUCAGCAAUUUGUCUGCUUUCUCUGUUAUCGGUGGUAGUGGUUCAGACGGGCCAUCAUUCCAAGGGUUCUCUGUCGAAGAAAGUGUCGGUAAGAUUGAGACUUGUAUGGCUUCGUUGAAGGAUGCCCGGAGAGUAAUUCAGGAAGGCAAAACCGAAGGCUGGGGUCAGCUAGUGGAGUUGCCAGAAAACAAGCGUAAAGAGGGAAUUGGUUUCCUUAACAGUAAGCCUGGGAUGUUCGACCCUACCAGAGGUUCUUUCCACAGUGCUGGUUUCAUUCAUGAUUCGCCAGAGACCAAUGCAAUUUUAGAUGAUGCACCUGGAGGAGUGCCACCGGUCUUUGUGACGCCUGGAGGAGCUUGCUGCAACUGGAUUGCUGUUGACAUUCCUUCUGUGACACCCCGCUCUAAACUGAACAUAAGUGAAUCCGUUGAACACAGUGACCCCAUGCUUUCUCCCAACUUUGAGGUCCCGGUUUACGAGGCUGUGGUAGAGGAGGAUGAAGAGAUCCCAAAUGAGAUCAAGUGGAUGUUGGAACAAGAAAGGAAGACAAUUCAACCUCAUCAGGAAGAGAUAGAAAUCAUCAAUCUGGGUACUGAGGAAGACAAGAAAGAAAUCAAGAUUGGGGCAUCGUUGGAUGUAUCUGUCAAGAAAAGAGUAAUUGAGCUUAUCAGAGAAUAUGUUGAUAUAUUCGCAUGGUCAUACAAAGACAUGCCGGGUCUAGACCCUGAUGUCGUUGAACACAGACUGCCUUUGAAGCCUGAGUGUCCUCCGUUGGCCAACAUAGUGCCUGUUCCAAAGAAAGAUGGCAAAGUCAGAAUGUGUGUUGAUUAUCGGGACUUGAACAAGGCUAGUCCGAAGGAUAAUUUUCCUUUACCUCACAUUGACGUAUUGGUUGAUAAUACUGCUAAGUGCAAGGUUUUCUCCUUCAUGGACGGUUUUUCCGGCUACAAUCAGAUCAGGAUGGCUCCUGAGGACAGAGAAAAGACAUCUUUCAUCACGCCCUGGGGUGCUUUCUGCUAUGUGGUGAUGCCAUUUGGUUUGAUAAAUGCUGGUGCCACUUACCAAAGGGGCUUUAUCGUCAGUCAAAAGGGUAUUGAAGUUGAUCCCGACAAGGUCAGAGCCAUCAGAGAAAUGCCUGUUCCAAAGACAGAGAAGCAAGUCAGAGGUUUUCUUGGUAGACUCAAUUAUAUCUCCAGAUUUAUCUCUCACAUGACCGCCACAUGUGGACCAAUUUUCAAGUUACUCCGCAAGGAUCAAGGGGUGAAGUGGAAUGAUGAUUGUCAGAAGGCUUUUGAUCAAAUCAAAGAAUAUCUGUUAGAACCUCCAAUUCUUGUUCCUCCAGUUGACGGAAGACCUUUGAUCAUGUAUUUAACAGUACUGGAAGAUUCCAUGGGCUGUGUUUUGGGUCAACAAGAUGAAACCGGAAAUAAAGAGCACGCUAUCUACUAUUUGAGUAAGAAGUUCACUGAUUGUGAGUCCCGAUAUUCUAUGGAUCCUAUCAAGUACAUAUUUGAGAAGCCAGCUUUAACUGGAAGGAUUGCUCGCUGGCAGAUGUUAUUGUCCGAGUAUGAUAUCGAGUAUCGCACUCAGAAAGCAAUCAAAGGUAGCAUCUUGGCAGAACAUUUGGCUCAUCAACCAAUCGAAGACUAUCAACCAAUCAAAUUCGACUUCCCAGAUGAAGAGGUUAUGUAUCUAAAAGCAAAAGAUUGUGACGAACCAGUGUUCGGUGAAGGUCCUGAUCCGGAAUCCGAAUGGGGUUUGAUAUUUGAUGGAGCUGUUAAUGUCUAUGGAAGUGGAAUUGGUGCGGUACUCAUUACCCCUAAGGGUACUCACAUCCCUUUUACUGCGAGGUUACGUUUUGAUUGCACAAACAACAUCGCAGAGUACGAAGCUUGCAUCAUGGGUAUCGAGGAAGCCAUCGAUUUGAGGAUCAAGAAAAUUGUCAUUUAUGGAGAUUCCGCUCUUGUGAUUAACCAGAUCAAAGGAGAAUGGGAAACUCGUCAUCCUGGAUUGAUUCCCUACAGAGAUUAUGCAAGGCGUUUGCUGACUUUCUUCAACAAAGUAGAGUUACAUCAUGUGCCCCGCGAUGAGAAUCAAAUGGCAGAUGCUUUAGCUACUCUAUCCUCAAUGAUCAAUGUGAAUGGUCACAAUAUUGUGCCAGUAAUCAAUGUCCAAUUUCUCGACCGACCUGCUUAUGUGUUUGUAGCUGAAGCAAUUGAUGAUGACAAGCCAUGGUAUCAUGAUAUCCAAGUUUUCCUUCAAACUCAAAAGUACCCACCUGGGGCAUCCAACAAGGACAAGAAAACAUUGAGAAAAUUGUCAAGCCGUUUCUUCCUUAACGAAGACGUUUUGUAUAAAAGGAACUUUGAUGGGGUCCUACUUAGAUGUGUGGAUAAGCAUGAAGCAGAAAAAUUGAUGCGCGAGAUUCAUGAAGGCUCUUUCGGAACUCACUCAUGUGGGCACGCCAUGGCGAAGAAGAUAUUGAGAGCUGGGUACUACUGGAUAACAAUGCACGCUGAUUGCUACAAUCAUGCCAAGAGAUGCCACAAAUGUCAAAUCUAUGCUGACAAGAUUCAUAUACCACCAUCUAUGCUCAAUGUCAUCUCUUCCCCGUGGCCCUUCUCUAUGUGGGGCAUUGACAUGAUUGGUCGGAUUGAACCAAAAGCUUCCAAUGGACAUCGUUUCAUAUUAGUGGCUAUCGAUUAUUUCACCAAGUGGGUUUUUUUGACAGGAGAACGUUCUAGACCAAGGCUUGCCUUUUCUUUUCCCCUUUUACUUCUUGUCAGAGCUGAGGAUGCAGGUGAGGUUGGUGGUUGUUCUGGAGAGGAAGGUCGCGAGGGAGGAUAUGGAGAUCGAGGAGGAGGAGAAGGUUUUUUGACAGGAGAACGUUCUAGACCAAGGCUUGCCUUUUCUUUUCCCCUUUUACUUCUUGUCAGAGCUGAGGAUGCAGGUGAGGUUGGUGGUUGUUCUGGAGAGGAAGGUCGCGAGGGAGGAUAUGGAGAUCGAGGAGGAGGAGAAGGUGAGGAUGAAGACAUUUUGUAA